GCAUGUGCAAUGGGACAAAGACAGUGUUACUGAGUGUGGGAGAGGAAUGGCGCCGGCGGCUGAAGGAACAAGAACAGAAACCGCUGGAAAAGCUGAGCAGGUCCGGCAGCUCGUGUUGAGAGAAAUGUGAGGACGUGUUUCGGGUCCGGGGAUCCUUCUUCAGAACAGGACCGGGUUUCAGAAACAUCCCGGGGAGGUCGCCAGGCCCGAGCGCCAAGACCUGGCUCCUGCCCCCGGGGAGAGGAGACAGUGAGACAGGAUCUGAAGACAGAAGUUUCAAAAUGAACAGGUGUAAGUGUUAUGCCGGAAACAUUGACUCUCCUGCUCCUCGGAUGCUGCCUGACCUGCUGUGCCUUUCCAGCGCUGCACUUUUUGACUCUGACUCUCCAGCGACUGCAGUCCUCACUUUGACAUCAAUGUCUGACAGUCACCCAAUCCAUCAGGACCACAACAAUUUUCAACUAUGAUUCUGUGAGAAGGAAACAAGCUUUUUGGUUCUUGUUUGAGUACUAUUUCAGCAUCAGUGGGACUAGAUGAGAGACCCUAGUGUCGCAGCGCACUGAGCGUGGAGUGUGUAACAGCUAUAUGGCCUGAAAACAGGAAUUCACAGCGGGAAGGGGGUUGUACACGUAUUUGUGUACAGCUGAAGCUUCAGCCAUGGAGAAACCGGAGGAAUCCUGCCCUGUGGAGAAACCAUGGAAGUGUGAUAAUUGUGGGAAAGGCUUUCAUGCCCCGUCUGUCCUGGAGACUUAUCGGCGCAGCCACACUGGGGAGAGGCCAUUCAGCUGCCCCGAGUGCGGCAAGGCCUUCAGCAAUUCCACCACUCUGUUGACCCGCAAGCGGGUCCGGGCGGGGGAGAGGCCCUUCAGCUGCUCAGAGUGUGGGAAGGCCUUCAGCAAUUCCUCCGACCUGCUGAAGCACCAGCGGGUCCACACAGGGGAGAGGCCAUUCUCCUGCCCUGACUGCGGGCAGGCCUUCGGUGAUUCCUCUGCCCUGCUGACCCACCGGCGGGUCCAUACAGGGGAAAGGCCCUUCAGCUGUCCCGACUGCGGGAAGGCCUUCAGCAAAUCCUCUGACCUGCUGAAGCACCAGCUUUGAGCUCCAAAUGGUUUUUGUUUUAAAGCUGCUCAUUUCUUUCAGCCUCCUGCACUAAGUUUCCAAUGUUGUGUAUCAGAUGGAGCAGUGAAUGAGUAGCUACUAUCGUUAAAAAUUGUAAAUUUUUCAGGAGUGCAGCUACUGCACCAUUUCAUCAGCAUUGUAAAGUUUACUGGCAGCAGUAAAGGGUGUGGGCCGUGUUCACUAAAAACGAUGUGGAGGAGCCGGUGUUGGACUGGGGUGGGUAAAAUUAAAAAUCAUAGUUAAGUUAAAAAGCACCAGGUUAUAGUCCAAUAGGUUUAUUUGGACGCACUAGCUUUCAGAGCGCUGCUCCUUCAUCGGGUAGCUGUGGAGCAGGAUCAUAAGACACAGAAUUUAUAGCGAAAGAUCAGUGUCAUAGAACAGAAAGUAUAUAUUGAAAAAAACCUGGAUUGCUGUUAAGUCUUUCAUCUUUUAGAAUGGGUUGCAGGUUUUGAUUCAUUAAUGUAUAAAUCCCAGAGCACUUUUUAAGUCACAGUCUCGAGAUGACUUAAGGUUUUAUAAAAAUAGGUGACAGCUCAGCUCUCACAAUGUAUGAAAGGUGUGAAGUUUGAGUGUGUCUGUAUCCGAAUCUUGAAUCAGACUGGUUCUAUUAUCAAAGUAGGAAUUUAGAAAAUAAUACAUGGAUUGACUACCUGCCGAUUUCUGCUCAGAAAGUGCACAUUGAAUGUAUCUGCAAAUGUAAAUUCACCCCAUAGACCCAUGUGUAUGUGUUUGCAUGUGUGCAUGCUUGGUAAAGUUUGUCUGUGUGAUGGAGUAUAAGCCUCUGAGAAGGCGUGUGCAUGGGUGUGAGUGGGGUGUGUUUGUAUGUGUGUGUCUGAGAGACCAUGUGUAUAUGAGAGGGUCUGUGUGACUGUGUGAGAGAGAGUGUGUAUAAUGUAGUGGGGUCACCCAAAGUCCCUGUUGAGACCAUCCUCAUGGGUUCCGAACUUGGCUAUCAGCCUCUGCUCAGCCACUAAAAACAAUUGAGCAGUUACACAACACGCAUUGGACAGUACAGGGUGGGACUUGUGUUUUGUUUUGCAGAAGGUGGGAGGCUCUGGAUGAGAGCAAACACAUGCUGGAGGACCUUCGGCUCAGAAUUGGAGCUGGAAGCCAGGCUGCAUACACAUCAGGGGGAAAAGUUAACCAGCAUUUUAUUCCGGGUAAUGGUCAUUCAUCUCCAGACAGAGCCUUCUCAUUGGGUCAGUGGACAGGAUCAGGUGGGUGUGAGUGUGAAUCACGCAGGUAAAGGGGAUUUGAGAGA